CGUGUCCGUCCUGCCUGCUUACUCCUGCGUUGCACACGAUGGGAUGUUCCAGGACCUUGCUGGAGACAGGCAGGGUCCUCCAUCAGGAUGCCGAAGUGCCGCGCUGGCUGCCGGAAAGGAUAUGCUGAUUAUGACAAUGGUUGGAGCCUAUAUAUUCCUGGAGUAACGAAAGAAUCUGGAACUCCUCAACAUCGUAACAGAACUGGUCCUUUAGAUAUCCCUUUCUGCGACUUUGAAACAAGGGGAAGAGUCACUGCAGCACCAUGGAAACUGUGUCGAGAUGGAACUGCUAUGGUUUAUAACAGAUUUGGGACAAAUGAGUCAUUGUGGGACUGGUCUCCAGACUCGGCCCGAAACCUUGAAGCUCAGGACAAUAGAAACUUUGCAUCCCGUAUUUGGAAUUUAGGCGGCUCUAAAGUGUUCCAAACAGAAAUAUGGAAAUUAGCUGCCGCCCUUGGAUGUGAGGGUUCCUACCUUCAGGUGGGAUCGAAAGUGAGACACGGUUAUUUAUGGAAUCUCACCAUGAGGUACCCUCGUGCAUGUGUGCCUCACCCUUAUGUUUUACUAGUAGGAUCUGUAAAAAUACAACCUGGGUUACAAAAUUAUAAUGUAACUUGUAACAAUUGUACUUUGACUAACUGCAUUAGGGGAAUUACUAAUCAAACUAGGGUUCUAGUCUUAAGACAGCCUGCUUUUGUUAUGUUUCCUGUAAAGAUCAAUGGGUCUUGGUAUGAUGAAAGAGGACUUGAACUUUGGAGAGAAGUAGAGGGUGCUUUAAUGUGUUAUCGUAGGGGAAUAGGGUUAAUAAUUCUGGGAUUUGUAGCUUUGGUAACCCUUAUUGCCUCCUCGAUUACUGCAGCCCUGACCCUGGCACAAUCAGUGCAAACUGCAACUUUUGUUAAUAAUCUGGCACAAAAUGUAUCCGUUACCCUGGGGACUCAAGAAGAUAUUGACAAAAAGCUAGAGGACCGAUUGAAUGCCCUUUAUGAUGUUGUAAAAUUUUUAGGUGAAGAGGUUCAAAGUAUAAAGUUGAGAUUACGGGUACAAUGUCAUGCUGAUUUUCGAUGAAUCUGUGUUACCCCCCAAAAAUAUAAUGGUAGUAUAACUGCUUGGGAUAAGGUGAAAGCUCAUUUAGAAGGUAUUUGGCAUAAUGAAAAUAUUUCCUUAGAUUUGCUGCAUCUACAUCAAGAAAUAAUGAACAUUGAAAAUGCACCUAGACCUGAUUUGGAUGUUGUGAAAAGAGCUGAGUCUUUUGUUAAAGAACUUUUUCGACAUGUACCUACCGUCAAUAGUAUUUGGUACUUGGGAGCAGCCAUAGGAGGACUAGUCUUAAUAAUUUUAACUGUUUUAUUUCUUGCACCUUGUUUAAUUAAAAAACU